GGCGAGCAGCGUUAGGUGCUGUCAGGCGCGGACGUUCCCCCAGACUUGCCCUGUUGGGCCCGCGGCCAGGGGCUUGGCUGUGCCUGCCAUCAUGGCCUGUGCCUGUCAGUGCAGAGAUAGGAAGUUCCCCCCUAGUGUGAGUGUGACCGCCAGUGCCCGACGCCUGUGCGUCCCCAGGGAGGGGGAGAGAGACUCGGGAGAAACCACAGGGGCCCAGGGUGGGUAGAGAGAGCCAUCUCAGUUCGCUUUCUCGUUCCUCCCAACUCUUCGUCUACUACCGAGGACGGCGGGCCCCAAGCAAGAUAAGACACCCCCUUGUGGAGCUGGGGAGGAUCUAGGAGGGACGCACUGAAGGGAAAAGAGCUGGGAAAGAGAUGAUAGUGUGGGUGGGGAAGCACAUAUGAGACAUGAGGAAGAGGUGAAAAAGGAUAGAGGAGAAAAGGGAUAUAGGAAAUAGAUAAAACUAGACAAAUUGGAAAAUAGCAUGAAAGAGGGAGAGAAUGUGUCUAUUGGAAAAAAAGGAAUAAAGAAACGAAAAUGGUGCCUCUACGAAGACAGAAAACUUAUAACUUAGUGAUCUUUUGUGAAGUAACUGCUAGCAGUCGCCAUUAUGUUGACAGAUUAUUUGAUCCUGAUCCCCAGAAAGUCCUGCAAGGUGUCAUAGAUAUGAAAAAUGCUGUAAUUGGAAACAACAAACAAAAAGCGAACUUGAUUGUUUUGGGAGCAGUUCCAAGGUUGCUAUAUUUGCUUCAGCAAGAAACCUCCAGCACGGAACUGAGAACUGAAUGUGCGGUAGUGCUAGGAAGCCUUGCGAUGGGUACAGAAAACAAUGUCAAAUCUCUACUAGACUGCCAUAUUAUCCCAGCCUUAUUGCAAGGAUUGCUGUCACCAGAACUGAAGUUUAUUGAAGCUUGCCUCCGAUGUCUUCGUACCAUUUUCACCAGCCCAGUAACUCCAGAGGAACUAUUGUAUACAGAUGCUACAGUUAUCCCCCACCUAAUGGCACUGCUUAGUAGGUCUCGAUAUACACAAGAAUACAUAUGUCAGAUCUUCUCACAUUGCUGCAAAGCAGGUGGUCUAGCAUUUGUGAAGAUAACUGACACCACACUCCCCUUAAGAACCAGUGUUCCUGUGAAGGGUUCCCCACUGCCUCCCUCUUCCUGGGCAGAAGCUUCGACACUGGCAUAGCUGCGGCUUUAAAUCAUCGCCUCAGCCACUUCUAUGUGCCAAUGGUCCAGAUCAUCAGACAAUCUUGUUUAACCAUGGAGCAGUUCAGAAUAUUGCUCACCUAUUAAGUUCCACGUCCUACAAAGUAAGGCAUUAAAAUUGCUUGAGAUUUUGAUGUCACAUCAGUUAUAAAAGCAAUCUGUAUUAAUGUAAUUAUAGAAAUUAUAUGUUUGCACAUAUACAUACACACACAUUUAAAAGUAUGCAAUACACAUUUCUUGGGUGCCCAUCAUCGUUGUUUUUGUGUGGUAAAUAGAGAUAUACAGAAACCUGCCACAACAUAUCUGGGUGCUCUAUAAAGUUAAAGUACCAGUAAUUGAAAUAGAGCUUGACUUAGAGUCAAGCAGCCGUUCAGCCAAACAAAAGAAAAUGAGCAAAUUAAGACUUCUUAAAAGAAAGAGCUGGUGAAAAGGGGAGCAUAGAUGAGCUGAUCUGGAUAGAAAUAAGUCAAAUAUGUUUUGAAAACUUGAUUAUGUAGUUGAAAGAGCCUGUGAGUGGUUUUUAUUCCACUGAAUCCUUUGGAGUCUGGGCUCUACCAUAUGCUUUUGUUUCUGAAAUCCAUCCUGGAUGGGUCAAGUUCCAAAGAAGAAUGCUGACUUGAUUUCACAGUGUUGUCGUGAAGUGGUAUUUCUGAGAUAACAUCACACUGUAUGAAUUUGGAUUUGGUGGCAGUGAUAGAAUUCCUACCUCUAAUAGGUAUUUGCUGGCAGUCUGAAACUAAAUUUUCAAAGCCUAAUUCAAGGAGAGAGGCUGAGCAAAAUUCCACAGUUUUACUCAAAACUGCAUGUCUGAGUGCAUACACAGAUGCAUACACGUUUUGUGUAAGGCUUUGAGAAUUUAGUCCCUUGGGGCUAACACAUAAGUAAAUACAUGGUUUAAACUACAUCUGUUGGUAUAUGCUUGUGGAAAACAUGACUGUGGAUUAAAGUCAGUGCUGUGACCUUGCGGAGGCUAAGCAAAUAUGAAAGAUUUUUAGACAAGGAGCAUCUUACACAAAUAAUUAAGUUUGAACAAUGUCACCCUAUAUAAACUUUCAGAAUGAAAUCUUUGAACGUAAAUAGUUACCUCACUGAUUUUUUUCAGUUACUACAUUUAAAUAUAUCUAAGGCUAUAUUGUUAUCUUUUGGGAUGGGACUGUAUCUUUCUGUUCACAGAUCCAUAGGUAUAAAGGCCAGAAAAUAUCUUUAUAAUCAUCCAGUUUGAUCUCCAGUAUAAUGGGCCAUACAGUCUCACCCAGUGACUUCCUGCAUCUAUCACAAUAAUUUGUGGCUGAUCUAGCCUUUUAGAGAGAGAUCCAGUCUUGAUUUAAAGAUUCCUAGUAAUGUAGAAUUUGCCACAUCUCUUGGUAAUCUGUUCCAAUGAUUAGUUACCUUAGCGUUUUAAAAAUUAACGUCUUAUUUCCAGUCUGAACUAUGAUGACUUCAGUUUCCAGCCACUGGAUCUUUUUAUACCUUUACUUUUAGCAGUCAGAGACCUCUAUCAAGUAUCUUCUUCCUGUGUAGGCAAUUAUGGACCAUAGUCAAGUAGCCUCUUAAUCUUCAAUAAGCUAAGUAGUUGAGCUACUUUCAUUUUUUAUUGUAAGGCAGGCUUUCCAGACCAUGAAUCAUUUUUUAGUUUUAUUCUGAGCCCUUUAAAAUUUUUCAACAUCCUUUUUGAAGUGUGCACACCAGAACUGGACAAAGUAUUCCAGUGGUGGUCUCACCAGUACUGUAUACUCAAGGUAAUAUCACCUCCGUCUACGUAUUCAAUAUUCUCCCCUAUUUGUACAUGCAAGAAUCACAUCAGCCCCUUUGCUCACAACAUUGGGAAGCUCACAUUCAGUUGGUAGUCAGCAAUAACCCCUGAGUCCUUUUCGUUGUCACUGAAGCCUCCAUCCCAUUGUAAUAGUAGUGGGGGAUUCGAUCAUUAGAAAUAUAAAUAACAGGGUUUGUGAUGACCGAAAGAACCGCAUGGUGAAUUGCUUGCCGGGGCGAAGGUUGCAGAUGUCUUGAGACGUCUAGACAGGCUUAUGUAUAGUGCUGGGGAGGAAUCAGUGGUCGUAGUACAUAUAGGUACCAAUGACAUAGGGAAAGUAGGAGAGAGGUCCUGGAGGCCAAAUUUAGGCUGCUAGGUAAGAGAUUGAAAUCCAGGAUUUCCAUGAUAGCAUUCUCUGAAAUGCUUCCAGUUCUACAGACAGGGCCAGUUAGACGGGCAGAACUUGCAGGGUCUAAAUGCAUGGAUGAGAUAAUGGUGUAGGGAGGAGGGGUUUAGAUUUAUUAGGAACUGGGGAACCUUUUGGAAAAGGAGGAACCUAUACAGCAAGGGUCUCAAACUCAGUUUACCUUAGGGCAAGUGCCAGUCCUCAAAUCCUCACAGCAGGCCAAUAAUGUCACUGAAGAUGGUGUUCAUGCCACCUCCCAGCCUGUUUCCCACCCUUUUCCCUCACUCCCUUGGCCUCAUGCCGCCCCAGCUGACUUUGCCCAGCAACUAAUGAUGCUGCCUCCAUGUGUGACUCUGCCCAGCAACUAGUGAUGGUAUAUCUGUCCCUCUCCCCCAGCCAAUGGGAGCUGGGGGGGGCAGUGCCGGCAGCGUGGCUGCAUGGGUCUCUCCUCUGCAGCUCCGCCAGCAACAGCAGGGAUAGAGAACCACUUGCAGGGAGCUGAGCUGCCCGAGGUGAGUGACAGGUUGCCGAGUUCAACCCCUGGAAGGGUCCCAGGAGGAGCAGGAUGGAGCAACGUUGGGGGGGAGGGGCAUGUGAAUCUCUCCUGCCCGCUCCCCUCCCUCUCCCUCCUUUGGCCGGCAGCCAUAAGGGCCGGAUGAAAGAACUUUUUAAAAAGAUUCCGUGGGCCGCAGUGGGGAGGUUCUUGGGCUGCAGAUGGCCCGCGGGCCGGGACUUUGAGACCCGUGCUAUAUAGGAAGGAUGGGCUCUUCCUAAACCAAAACAUAAGCAGAUUGCUGACAUGUAAAAUUUAAAAGGUUAUAAAGAAGUUUUUAAACUUAGGGCUGGAGGAAAGCCGACAGUUGUGAAGGAGCACGUGGUUCAGACAGAGACGUUCCGUAGGGGAGAAACAAUCAAGUUAAAGAGUCCCAUUCAUUUACAUCACGUAAUGGCAGAUAGCUGAAAAAGUGACAAAUUUUAUAAGUGCUUAUAUGAAAAUGCUAGAAGUCUAUAUACUAAGAUUGAUGAAUUUGAGUGCCUUGUAUUAAAUGAGGAUAUUGAUAGAAUAGGCAUCACAGAAACUUGGUGGAAUGAUAAUCAAGAGGACACGGUAAUACCGGGGUAGAAUAUAUAUAGGAAUGACAGAAUAGGUCGUGCUGGUGGAGGAGUAGAAACUGUAUAUGUGAAAGAAAGCAGAGAAUCAAAUAUAGUAAACAUCUUAAAUGAACCAAACAGUACAAUAGAAUCUCUCUGGAUAGAAAUUCUAUGCUUGAAUAAUAAGAUUAUAGCACU